AUGUCGUCAAAUCAAUUUAAACUACUUUCGGAAAAACAGUCGAAGAAUUUGGCGCAGAUCAUCCAGAAUUUCUUUACAAAGGCCGCCCAGACGAUAGUCGAGGCCCGGGAUUGCAGUUUUACGGUGGGCCGACCGGUGGAGGAGUCGCAACUGACGCCACCGACGCCACCAGAUGCGUCGGAUGGGUCGAUGCCCUCGGCAGCAAACAGGUGGUUCAAUAUCGAUCUUGCGGGAUCGAAAAAAAAGCAGUACCCGGAAUCUUUGAUGGCAGAACUCUCCUUGUGGCGGACCCGGGACGUUUUGCUGCUCCCACCGCUUGUUGUGGAAACCGUGCUCGAUCUCCGGGGCCUCGAGGCAAACCAGACUCUUGUUUUCGAAAAAGAGAACAUGCUAAAAACGGCAAAAAAAUCCGAGAUUGUGCUGGAGCGGUGGCUUGUGGAAUUCGACAUGAGCAUUUUUGACAACCAGUCCGUGGAGGUCCCAGGAAUCUACAAGCGGCUGGUGGUGCUUUUCCGGGUGCUGUACACGGUGCUCCGGCUUUUGCCCGCGUACCAACUCCGAAACUCCCUUUUGGAGUCCGGCCAGUCGGCGCUCAGCGUUUGCGUGAGGGCAAAAAUUCUUGACGGAUCAAAAAAAAUCGGGUCCAAAGGGCGGAUCGGGUUGAGCCGGGACCUUGGCCGGGGGUCUCCGGGCACCGGCAGGUCGCAUCUCAGCACCUACCUGAUGCAGCCCGUACUGACACCCAUCGGCGCGCUAAAAGUUUCCGCGUCUUACCGCACGAGCUGCGAUUUUGCCGUCAGGGACAACGAGGAGCUUAUCUCGGACCAACUGCUGGGUGAGGCGCCGCGCUCACGCUCCCCGAGCUCACCAGGCAGCGUGCCACGGUCCCGGCGGCAGCUGAGCACCACGGGGACUGGCCAGUUGCCCCGCCGGCGCUCGUCCGUGCGCUCGGUUCCGCUUUUCAAGGUGGGGUCUGUUGCCUCUUCCUCGUCCCAGCACCAGCAGCAGGCGCUGGUGCACGCGCGGCCCUCCGUUUCCCCGAGAAGGCACGGGCCCAGGGGCAACGGCAGCUUUGACUCUGGCCUUGUGGCUAAUCUGUCUUCGAAUUCGUUGGCCUCUUUUGUGUCCAUGAGGGAGCGGGGGGAUUUCACAUCGACAAAAAAGGAAAUAUUGAACAUCCCUCCGGAGAAAUCGCUUCCCACGCAAAAUGUUCCCACGCAAAAUGCCCCCACACAAAACCCUCCUCCCCAAAACUCCCAGAAACAAAACUCCUUCUCCCGCUCAUUCAGCCCAUCGUCCAACAACUACACAGCCGACGCGUCGAUCGGCGUAGUUGCGUCGCUCCCCGCCAAGUUUGCCUCCUCUUUCGGAUCAAGAUUUAGAACCAGCAUCGGUAGCCGGCAAGGCAGUGCAGACAACUUGGCAAGUGCAAAUCCUGCACUUCAGAAUUUUCGGAUGCAUGCGCGGUCGAUCGACUCGGUCGGCUCUGAGCAAGAUCCCUCCAACUCGCUUUAUAUGGACGAGGAUCUCGAGGGUUUUGUGAAGAUGCUGGAUUCCAAACCGAGCCUCCGGCUUGGUGCCACGGAUGAAAAAAGUGCCAGCCGGAUUUACGGCGAGAGUUUGAGGGAAUUCAAGCAGCUGCAGAAAAGCAACGAGUUGUUUUCUGAGCGGGAGGCCGAGGAGGUAGGCGCGAAUCCCGGCCAAAAAGAUCCCUUCAUCCGGAAGGGCACGCCUGUGCCCGUUACCCCGCAUCUGAAGGGCACACCUGUGCCCAUUUCCCCUCACCCAAGGGGCACAGCUCUCCCUGCAAACAGAAGGGCAAGCUCCUCCUCUUCCUACUCGUAUUCGCCAUCUUUCCAAUUUAUGAAACUCGCCUCCAGCUCCGGUCCCUCCAACCCCACAGUGACCCCUGCCGUGGGAUACGCGGGCCGCUUUUCUUCCUCCCCGCAGACGGACCCGCCGUUCGCCGCUGUGGGCCAAAUGUUGCGGCGGUCGUCCGCUGCCUCCUCGUACUCUGCCCAGCACCAGGGCUCCGCGGGCGAUCCCAUUUCGAGGAAUACUAGUUUUUCAAGGCUCCCGCACGAGCUCGACCCGGAGGCGCUGAAGCUGAGAUCUUACAAGGAGCAGGUUUUUGUUUCCGAUGACGAGGAUUCCGAUGACCUAAAAGAUGGUAGGCGUCCGAGUGCUUCCAAAAAUAUGCAGGCUAUUCUUUACAAUCGCAGGCGCCAAGAUGAUGAUGAAGACGAACUAAUGUUUGCCAUGAGUGAUAUGACUUUGGCUAGAAACAACCUUGAUUUCUGA